CAAUGCCCCGGUGCGGUGCAGCGGCGGAUGGAUGCUGCGGGAAGGGGCUGCCAUUUGCUGCCCCUGCCAGCGGCGCGCGGACCUGCUCGCUCUCCUGCGGUGGCGGCCGCCGCCCGCGCCGUCAGCCGGCCCGGCCUCUGCAGCGCCGCCGCCUCGGCUCCCUCCGCGGCCGCCGGAGCGGUCGCCAUGAACCCCAGCUCCUCGGCGGGAGAGGAGAAGGGGGCGACGGGCGGCAGCGGCGGCGGCGGAAGCGGCGCCGGGAGUUGCUGCCUGGGCGCGGAGGGCGGCGCGGACCCGCGGGGCGCGGGGGCAGCGGCGGCGGCGGCGGCGGCGGCGGCCGCUGCCCUGGAGGAGCCCGCGGCCGCCGGCGCGAAGGAGAAGGACGAGGCGCUGGAGGAGAAGCUCAGGAACUUAACUUUCCGGAAGCAGGUCUCUUACAGGAAAGCAAUCUCCCGGGCAGGCCUGCAGCACCUGGCUCCUGCACAUCCCCUCAGCCUUCCUGUGGCAAAUGGUCCAGCGAAGGAGCCCAGAGCGACUCUGGACUGGAGUGAGAAUGCCGUGAAUGGAGAGCACCUGUGGCUGGAGACCAACGUCUCAGGAGACCUGUGUUACCUGGGAGAGGAGAACUGCCAAGUCAGAUUUGCAAAAUCGGCCCUCAGGAGGAAGUGUGCGGUCUGUAAAAUCGUCGUCCACACCGCCUGCAUUGAACAGCUAGAAAAGAUUAAUUUCAGAUGUAAACCAACAUUUCGAGAAGGGGGCUCAAGAUCGCCAAGAGAAAACUUUGUGCGUCAUCACUGGGUGCACAGGCGUCGGCAGGAGGGAAAAUGUAAGCAGUGUGGUAAGGGCUUCCAGCAAAAGUUCUCCUUCCACAGUAAAGAGAUUGUGGCUAUCAGCUGUUCCUGGUGCAAACAGGCGUUUCACAAUAAGGUGACCUGCUUCAUGCUGCAUCACAUUGAAGAACCCUGCUCCCUGGGGGCUCAUGCUGCUGUCAUUGUCCCGCCCACCUGGAUCAUUAAGGUGAAGAAACCUCAGAACUCGCUGAAGGCUUCAAAUCGGAAGAAGAAGAGAACAAGCUUUAAAAGAAAAGCCAGUAAAAGAGGAACUGAACAGGAAAACAAAGGUCGACCUUUUGUGAUAAAACCUAUCUCUUCUCCUCUCAUGAAGCCCUUGCUUGUGUUUGUGAACCCCAAGAGCGGAGGCAACCAGGGAACCAAAGUCCUGCAGAUGUUCAUGUGGUACCUGAAUCCACGACAGGUCUUUGAUCUAUCUCAGGAAGGGCCAAAAGAUGCGCUUGAGUUAUAUAGGAAGGUACCAAAUCUACGAAUUCUGGCCUGUGGCGGGGAUGGAACGGUGGGCUGGAUCCUUUCUAUUCUGGAUGAACUGCAACUGAGCCCUCAGCCUCCCGUCGGGGUCCUUCCACUGGGAACUGGGAACGACCUGGCUCGAACUCUCAACUGGGGAGGGGGCUACACUGAUGAACCUGUUUCGAAGAUCCUUUGCCAAGUCGAAGACGGGACAAUUGUACAGCUGGAUCGCUGGAACCUCCACGUGGAAAGAAACCCAGACUUGCCUCCAGAAGAACUUGAAGAUGGUGUGUGUAAGCUUCCUCUGAAUGUUUUCAAUAAUUACUUCAGCCUUGGAUUUGAUGCCCACGUCACACUGGAGUUCCAUGAAUCCAGAGAAGCAAAUCCAGAGAAAUUCAACAGUCGUUUUCGAAAUAAAAUGUUCUAUGCAGGGGCAGCUUUUUCUGAUUUCCUACAGAGAAGCUCUAGAGAUCUUUCCAAACAUGUUAAAGUUGUUUGUGAUGGAACAGAUCUCACUCCAAAGAUUCAGGAACUGAAGUUCCAGUGUAUAGUAUUUUUAAAUAUACCCAGAUAUUGUGCUGGCACAAUGCCCUGGGGGAACCCAGGAGAUCACCAUGAUUUUGAACCUCAGCGUCAUGAUGAUGGUUAUAUUGAAGUAAUUGGAUUCACUAUGGCCUCUUUGGCUGCCCUGCAAGUUGGGGGCCAUGGGGAAAGGCUACACCAGUGUCGGGAGGUCGUGCUGCUCACUUACAAACCCAUCCCCAUGCAAGUGGAUGGGGAGCCCUGUAGGUUGGCCCCAGCUAUGAUUCGGAUCUCCUUGAGGAAUCAAGCCAACAUGGUGCAGAAGAGCAAGAGGAGAACAUCCAUGCCUUUACUCAAUGAUAUCCAUCAGGUGCCAGCUGCCGACCUGCGGAGAGUAUCUGCUCCCCCUGGCUCCUUCACCACUCCCCAAUCUGUCCCAGACCGCCUGAGGAUCCGGGUGAACAAAAUCAGUUUACAAGACUAUGAAGGAUUCCACUAUGACAAAGAGAAACUUCGGGAAGCUUCUAUCCCUCUGGGUAUUCUAGUUGUGCGUGGAGACUGUGACUUGGAGACUUGCCGUAUGUACAUAGAUCGCCUACAGGAGGACCUGCAGUCAGUUUCUUCUGGCUCCCAGAGAGUUCAUUACCAGAUGUUUCCGUGUCCAAGAUGGCUGCCAUUAGCAACCAGGGCUGCAUGUGUCUUCUUCACAUCCAGGAAAGACCACGAAACCUCCUUUCCCAGGGCGCUCUCAGCCCAGAGACUUUCCCCGCGGUGGUGCUUUCUAGAUGCAACUUCUGCUGAUCGCUUUUACCGAAUAGACAGAUCUCAGGAACAUUUGCACUUUGUGAUGGAGAUUUCCCAAGAUGAGAUUUUUAUUCUGGACCCCGAUAUGGUAUUGUCACAGCAGGCAGGGACACCUCCCGGAAUGCCUGACCUGGUGGUGGAGCAAGCCUCAGGAGUGGCAGACUGGUGGAACCCUGCCCUUCGGAAACGCAUGCUGAGCGACAGCGGGCUGGGAAUGAUAACUCCGCAUUAUGAAGACUCAGAUUUGAGGGACCUCAGCCACUCCCGCGUGCUACAGUCACCAGUCUCUUCAGAAGAUCAUGCAAUUUUGCAGGCAGUAAUAGCUGGUGAUCUUAUGAAGCUAAUAGAAAGCUAUAAAAACGGAGGGAGUCUGCUAAUUCAGGGACCAGACCACUGUUCACUCCUUCACCAUGCAGCUAAAACCGGCAACGGGGAGAUUGUGAAAUAUAUCCUUGACCACGGACCUUCUGAGUUAUUGGAUAUGGCAGACAGCGAAACGGGUGAGACCGCACUGCACAAGGCUGCCUGCCAGCGGAACCGGGCUGUGUGCCAGCUUCUGGUGGAUGCGGGAGCAUCUCUGAGAAAGACGGACUCCAAGGGUAAGACACCUCAAGAGAGAGCACAGCAAGCUGGAGACCCAGAUUUGGCCGCUUACCUAGAAAGCCGCCAGAACUAUAAGAUCGUUGGCCACGAGGACCUGGAAACUGCUGUUUGACCCAGGUAGAUCACAAAGAGAACUUGAGCGAGCAUAUCACCUGUGCCCUCCCGGCGAUCGGGCAGCUCCCCUGGAAGAAGCUGAUGGAAUCCACUGUCUCUCUCCUGCAAGAAUCAAUCUGAUACCAUGUCACCAGUUGUUAAGGGCUACCAAGGCGUCCAACAGAACAUGAUAGCCCACCGAGGAAGAGGCAGGAUACCUGGAGAUUUGUGGAAUACAAGUUCCACGAAAUUUGAUCCUUAUUGCUUCCAGCAAGUAGCAUGAACUUCUGUGUUCACCUGUAUAAUUUAUUUUCAAGAUUCAAAGGAUGUUCGUAUACAUGGCACUGCUCCCGCCUCCCCCUGUGCAUUCAUGACUCCCCUGUACCACACAAUUCUACUGUAACUACUCACCGUUCGAAAAAUAUGAUCUGUUCUCUUUACAUUCAGUCUUUGAAGACCACAAGACCAUCUGAAGGUCUUUGAAAACCCUCUGGAUGUCCUGCAGAAACACAACUGUAAAGCUGCUUCCAUUUCCCAGAUGAAAUAUACCAAGACUAUUAGUGACUUUUUGCAUGUUCCCUCCCUCCCACCCAACCACCCACCCAACCCCUUAUCAUUAACUAGGAGCUGGGACGUGCCACAUGGAUAAUGUCAACUUGUGUGCUCUUAUCUCUGAGGUAUGGUGAGGUGGCAUGGGAGGGAACCCAGGGGCCGGCCCGGGGUUGUGGGGCUGUUGCUGAUAGCCCCGAGGACUGGUUCAGCUUGGGCUGUUUGCACAGCUCCGUACUGCCUACGUGUAGCCAUCUUUGCCUUUUGCCGCAAUAGAGACGAGCGAAGGAUUAAACGAAGGCCCAUGGCUGGUUUGCAGAACCACUGGAUUUUUAAGUGCAGUUGAAGUUGCCCGAGCAGAAAACCAUGUGCAAGAGCUGCGAUAACAGGAAACGGAGCACUCUGACAGCGUUUACCUGUAGACUUUCUUGAGUGAUAAUAGAAAGCAGGCUAAUUGACUUGAAAUGAAACAGCCAAUGCAAAAGUAGCAACAUAUUGAGUCAAAACAACUCACUUGAGCAAGAAAACGGUCACUGGAAUAUUGCACAGAGGCUAAUAAGUAUAGACUCUUAGGUGCAGUGGUGGAAGGGGGGGCCAUUUUAGCUUUUCCUUCUAAGGUUUUGGUUUUCAUUACCCCCAAGUAAGCCUUGUCCCAAGGAUAAAGCCUUGUUUUAUGAGUUCCACUGCCAGAUUUCCAGGAUGGCUGGAUCUUUCUGAUGGAUGCCUCACCUUUUACUUGUCCAGUCCCAGGUUAUGCUUGAUAGCACUACAGCCCCAUUUCUCCUGUACGGGGUAGUCUAAUAUAUUCUCUUCUCUGUUUUCCUCUGCUGGAAAAUUCUUAGUACAAACCGCUGUGGGAGCCUAGCCAGAAAUGUGUCUCUAGAAUUGGAAUUGCAACUUCUAAUCCUGCCACAGAUCCGUUGGUCCACACAGGUCCCUCUACUGGGGAUUCUGUGAUAACUACGAUAGCAAGAGAAAAAGUCUAACUUUCAGUGAAGAUAUCUAUUCGACUUGGGUGUAAGUGAGAAAUGAAAGCGGUGAUUAAGGGUUGUUUCAGACUAAAACCGAUGUCUUCUGAGCUUUCUUCCAUUUUGCUCUUAGACACAAACAAAGUGCUUCUCUGGUGUUUCUGCAUGUGAACGUAUAAAUGAUGGUUUUUCUACAUUUACUGAAAAGGUCCAGUGGUGACGCAUUGCUUAUCUGAAUUUCGUCUGGUCACAUAACAUUUUGAAAGGACAGCUAUGAAUACUGGAUUAAGUAGGAGUAGCUUCUCAGUGGAUGGGAACGUCGUUCCAAAGUCAAAUCGUUGGUGUUGUUUCCAGCUGUGGGAGAAGAGGUUGGUCAUGAGUAAUCUGUUGUCAUCUAACAGUCUUAGUAAUGGAAUUAUCUGUUGGGUUUUAUGGCGAAGGGAAGGAGGACUGCAGUAGGUUGUUUCCAGAAGCUGGAAAAAAUAUGCUCCAGGAGAUUUUCAUCACUGGGCUUCAUCUGGGAGUUUUUCAGUUGGUGGCACCAUCAAAGAGAUGUUGUGAUGACAGAAAUAUAAUCUCUAAAACCGA